AUGCUCAAGGGUUCCGAUGACACUACCGUCCUCCAUGAGAAAGAGCGCAAAGCCCUGAACGAAAUGCUGAUGCCCGAAGCACCAGCGCGCGAAGUCACGAAAGGUCUAAAGAACGCAGACAACCUUCAACCAGAGGACGAUGACUUGCUCGCCUUUGCCCUUGGGGCACCAGCACGGCGGGUCUUGAUGCGAGCAGAAGAGAUUGGCCCGCAGACUGGUUGGAAGGACGGCUACCUCUCCUCAGGAUUCGGCUUCCUCCCACCGGACCCAUCCGAUGCGCCUGUCGCACUUCGAGCAUCUCCCGGCCGAGUGUGGUCCGACCUAUGCGAACGUAUGCCUGGUGUUGUGGCACGAGGUAACAUGCGAAACUCGAUCCUCGCCCUCCCACUAGUAUACGGGACACCAGACGUCAUCCCCGACCGAGCUUUGUGGGCGGCUACAGUAUGCCUGGGCAUUCUGGCCAGCGUCUACCGGUACGAGGAGAUGAACGAUGGUAACGAAGGUGUCAACGUUGUUGCACCACAGGGCGCGUUCAAGAAUAUCCACGGUGACGACGAUGAGGAGGAGGAGACAAAAGGUAUACCAAGGAACAUCGCCAUCCCGCUGAGGCAAGUGUGCACAAGGAUGGGUCGGGCUUUACCACACCUGACACAAUUCGAUGUAUCGAUCUACAACUACAAGCUGCGAGAUCCAACGAGCGUUCAACCCUACGUUGCUCGCACCGAGAACAUGGAUCUACGGUGGCCGGCAAGUGACCCGGUGUUCAAUGACCGUGGGGAAGCCAUGUUCUUACUAUGUAUGGCAGAAGUUCACGGCUGCUUUCAGACGGGCAUCGAGACUGUUACUCGCUGCCAGGAGGCAGUCAUGAACCGCGACACAGAAACGCUUCUCCGAGAGAUGGUCAAGCUCAAGGAACUUGUUGACCAGCUGGCCUACGUUUUUCAUAAAAUCAGCGUCAAUCCGAACGCUGGUGAGCAAUUCGCCAACCCCGUCGAAUGGGGACAACGAUACGCAAAGUUCAGCGCACCUCUCUCGAAACGCGUACCGGCGCUUUCUGGCCUCGCCCUUCCGCUGUUCCUACUCAUGGACGCGUUCAUCGGUCGCACCAAGUAUACGUCCUUUCUUGGUGUCGAGGCAAUCCACCUCCGCCGAUGGCUGCCGCUGAACAUCCGAGCAUUUAUAGCUGCGAUCGAGAACCAUUACCGAGUGCCAGAGUUCGUAAAGGCUAGCGGCGACCCGAGGCUUGAAGGAGUACUAGAGGGCAUUAUCGAGUCGUAUGCCGGCGAGCGAGGGUUCAUGGGCACUCACCGUUAUAAAGUCUUCGGCUUUUUAGAAAUAGUCGGAAAGACCGGUCGGACGGAGACGAACGGGAACGCAGGUGCAGGGGACUCUGACGGGAGGGCUUGGGAGGAAGUGCAUCGGACGCUAUCCGACUCGAUGAAAGAGCGACUGGAUCCUUAUCGCGGCGAAGUGAAGGUCCAACCUCAUCAGAUGCGCGGAAGUUUUGAAGAAUGCCGUUUCCAGGCCCGCAUCCUCGACCGGCAGAUCAUUGAUCACGACCCCAAUAGGUCUACCGGAAUGGUGUCCUUCGACCUGCAUAACACAGGGAUCACCUUUCAGCCAGGCGAUCGCUUGGCUGUAAUGCCAGUCAACCCGUCUUACGAGACGGCCAAGGUCGCAGCGGCUUUGGGACUUGAGGAGAUGUGGGAUGUCAUUGUCCCGGUCGAGCAAGGCUCUGAAUGGGCCCGCUUUUCCAAGCACAUUGAGAUUGUAUCCAAAGUCCAUAGCGGCGGCUUAACAGUGAGAGACAUCCUGAAGAGAGGUCACCUGGCGCCUCUGACGAAGGAGCUCGUACUCCAAAUCCAUCAAAUGCUCCGGGCCUCCUGUCAAACCACGCUCAAAAUCCUCGCUUCGAACGAAUGGCCAGUGAAGGGAAGCGUAGGUGAUCUUCUCCAGACCGCCAUUGCGGAGGUACCGCAAGACAUUUGGGACCGCGCUUUCGAUCUCUAUAACCUCGCCUGGCUGCCGAAACUCAUCUCGCUUGAGGUACCUCGGACGUACUCCAUCUCCAACUCUUCGAGCGAACUCCUCCCGAGCAUGAUCGAUCUCACUGUAUCUCGGACCGAAACCCCACGCGAUCCAAUCUUCCACGGCGUGCAACCGGCCUUGCCAUUGUACGGCGUGUCCAGCGGUUUUCUCAACCCAUCGCCUGGGCUGAUGGAGUACCCUUGCGACGCUGCAGAUGAUCAGGCCGUGUUGAUUGGUGUGUCCAGACCGAUCCAAUUCCAGCUGCCUCCUUCGACAACCGUACCCGUCGCAAUGUUUGCAGGUGGCUCUGGUAUCGCGCCCUUCCGCGGGUUCUGGCAGAAGCGCGUCCAGAGUGGAAUCGGCAGGAACAUUCUCUUCCUUGGCGUUCAGUCCCGCGAGAAGUUCGUUCACGAGGCAGAACUUCGAGGUCUUGUACAGGAAGGAUCCUUGGAGCUUCACACCGCGUUUUCGCGGGACCGCAGAGGCUUGGUCUACGAUCAUGCGAUGAGGGAGCUGGUCGAGCAGGACAUGGAACCCCGGUACAUCGAUGCGACGAUCGUCGACCAGGGCCGUCUCGUGUCCGAGCUUGUCAUGUCGAAGACCCAAGGCGGGCUCGGCGGGUAUCUCUACAUCUGCGGUUCGGUAUCUGUGUAUGAAACUGUCAUGUCCGGCAUCAAACAGGCGAUCUAUAAGUAUCAGGCAUCUACGCAAUCGACAGCCGACUCCCUUCUCGCUACGGCUUUUGCGGAACGGCGCUUCAUGCUAGACAUCUUUAUGACGCCUCGGGCCAUCUCCAGCUCUACGCCUACGAUCCCUAUGUCUAAGCUUGCUGCUCAUACCGGCCACCGGAAGGGCUCAAGGAUGUGGAUUGGGGUUCACGGCGGCGUUUACGAUGUUACCGACUUCCUCCCAAUGCAUCCAGGUGGAACGCUCAUCGUUGCGGCCAGUGCCGGUUUCGAUGCGACAAAGACCUUCCAUGAACUCGCUCACGACACGAACCCCGAAGUUUCAUCGCUUCUCUCAAAGUACUUCAUCGGUCAUCUCUCCAUGAAGCCCGACUUCCGCUCCUCCGAGAUCAGCCGUCUUUACGACAUGUGGUACCAAUAUCUCCGAACCAGUGUCGAGAGCCUCACCACUCUCUACUUCGAAGCGAAUAACAUCCUAGAAGAUUCAAAGAUCUGGUUUUCUGGUGGUCUGUUCAACAUUGGCGGAGUGCGGAAGUUCUAUCAGUUUCAGAGCAGGCUGAUGCAGGGUGGCUUCUCCACUUUAUUUGGGGCCAAGCUCCAGGAGAUCUAUCUCAAGCUGUCGUUCACCAUGGCCAACGCCGUAGCGCCGAAUGUCCGCUUACCAGAUAUUAUCGGCACUAUCACCCGCGCACACUCGUCUCCUGAUGCCACGAGAGCGAUGCAGGAGGUCUCCCACAUCGGCCAGUUUGUUUCCAACAACAGCAAAUCGGCCCGUUUCCACGAGAAUGGCAUCCUACGGUACGCUCAGACGGUCACCGAGCUGGAUGUGUCCUUCCUCGAGCAGAUCCGGGAUGAGGCCGGUCAAGGCAUGGACGCUUUUGACAUGAUCGCAUCCAUGGACGAGCCCGCGUCUUCAAAGCAGGUCAAGCUCGCUUCCUACCUUCUGACCGUUCUUGAGAGGAUCGGGGCUCGUCUUGAAGCCUACUACGCCGCCCUCUCUCAAGAGUCGAUCUACCGUCCGGAAAUCGAGAACAACCCCGCGCGCACGCGCUGGAACAACGUUCGCCGCAAGAUCGCCGAUGGUUCAUUCUUCGUGCUCGCGAAACCUCCUUCCAUGUCUGCCAGUGACGGCCUGUCACCAGGUCUCCGAUCUAGGCCCGGCCCUAACGGCGUCGAAGUCGAUUUUGCCCAGAUCUUCGCCAGUGCACAGCAGACGCUUCAGCUCAGCCCGCAGAGCAUGUCGGUGUACCAAGAUCCUGUGCCUCAACAGCCUCGGCGCCUCGCCGAUAUGCAUACAGCUCGCGCAGCUAACAACACUCAAGCUCCAAGUACCUUCGACAUGCAACAGCAGGGCACUGCGCUGAGACGCAUGUCAACCUUUAUCAACGACAACAUGUCGACCAUCCGUCGCCUGAGCCGCUUACCCGCCGAGUACGACUUCGCGAGCUUGAUGGCAACGUACGGGAAGCACCCACAACAAGCACCGUCUGCUGUCUCGCGCAGUCACACACAAACACCCAGUGUCGUCUCGAACCGCGCUACCCAGAGCCUUCGCGUCCGAGGCAACACGGGCACUGGCUCCACGUCUCCUCUCCCUGCUCCUGCACCCUUGCGCGUCCGGACCCGCACUCCCUCACUCGAGAAGAGCUUCCAACUCAAUCACCGUCAGCCCUCGGCUCCGCCCACGAAAGACCUCCCGCAGCUUCCACAGAUGCCGCCUGCUCCCUCGUCCACAUCCCCGCCCGUGAGUGCCUCCAAUGCCAUGAACGCAGCGAUGGCACAUCUCAACCGCCGUCAGCCGCCACGCAGCAGCACGCCUCUUCCCGCUUCACCACGCGCCUCGCUAGCCCUAAGCUCCAUAUCGGCUAGCUCGCGCAGGAAGAUGAGUGGAGAUGAGCCUCCGCCGCCGGUGCCGGGGAUGCCCGUUGUGCCUCCUGGGCUGAGGGCAUUGAAGCUUGCCGCCAGUGUGAAUGGAGAUGAGAUGCGCUUCCAGCAGGUGCAGGCUAGGGUGUAA